AUGAUUGAUGCAAAUAUAGUGGAAGUGAACUUGGAUGACUACCUACCACUGUACCGUGCCGCAUCCAGAGGCAAUUGGGAAGAGGCUAGAAAGUUUCUGGACACACAUCCUAAUUCUGAGAGAGCUAGGAUCUCAAAUUCAUCAAUGACUGCAUUGCAUGUUGCUGCUUGUGAAGGGCACUCAAAGUUUGUGGAGAAACUAGUGAAACGUGUGCCUGCAGAUGUGCUUGAAAUGCUUGAUGGCAUAGGCUACACAGCCCUCCACUAUGCUGCUAUAGGUGGAAGCCUGAGGUCUGCUAAGGCAUUGUUGGGGAAAAAACCCAAGUUGACACAAUGUUUAGAUAGCGCGGGAAGAACUGCGCUACUCCUAGCCGCCACUUUUGCUUCUGAGAAUAAGGAGCUGGUGUGGUACUUGUUGUUGGUAACUAAACAUGAGAAACCUGGUCUUCCCUCAACUGGUCCUUUGGCUGCUAACCUUGUCAAUGUGCUUAUUGCUUCAGGUUUCCCUGAAAUUUCACUGUAUCUAGUUAAGGAAUAUCCUAACUUGGCCACUGAAACUGAUCAAGAAGAUUGUACUCCUUUAGAUGUUUUGGCAAGGAACAAGUCAAACUUCCUUAGUGGCAGCAGGCUUGGAUCUUGGGAGAGCUUCAUUUACCCAUUUCUCACUGUUGAAGUUGACUGUGGGCCACCACACUCAGUGAGAGCCUCUGUGGCUCGCCAUGAAAGCGUCCAAAGUGAUCCUUCUGAACAGUAUAGAGUUCAUUGGUUAAGACAAAUGCUUUUUGGAGCUAUUAAACGAAUAGCACCAGCUGGUUUCAUGCGACUCCAUGAUGCAAAGCUCAGACAUCAUUGUGCAGUUGAACUACUGAGACAAAUUUGCUUACAACUUUCACAGGAGCAGAUUAAGUCAGAUAUCCUCAAGAUAGCUGCCACUAACGGGAUAGUUGAAUUUAUAAGGACACUAGUAGAAUUUUUUCCUGAUCUAAUGUGGUUUAUCCUCAGCGAAGACCGAUAUUUAUUACUCCCUUUUGCUAUUGAAUUUCGGCAUGAAAAUCUUUUCCGUAUUGUAUGUGGUAAGACUGCACGAAGUAAAUUAAUUGCUUCUACACUACUUGAAUCUGAAUCUGGGGGAACCAUCUUGCAUCUGGCAGCAAAGUUGGCUCCUCUUCCCCAACUCUCAUCUGUAUCUUGUCCAGCUCUACAAAUGCAGAGAGAGUUGCAGUGGUUCAAGGUGGUGGAGAAACUAGUUCACCCUUAUUAUAAGGACAAUCAGAACAAAAAAGGUGAAACUGCAAGGGAAUUAUUCACCAAGGAACACAAAGAAUUAGCUGAGCGUGGAGAAAAAUGGCUGAAGGAUACUUCAAAUUCUUGCAUGCUCGUUGCAACUCUCAUUGCCACGGUUGUUUUUGCUGCUGCUUUUACAGUACCUGGAGGUAACGACAACAGUGGAGCUCCAAAUUUGUUACCGAAGAACUCAAGCACAUUCAUGGUAAGAUUUCCUUCAGUCAUUACCAAGGAGAUUGAUACUAGGCUUGGCUUCUCUCUUUUAUGCUAUAGCCUCCAUGAUGGUAGCCUUUGGUACAACUAUUGA